AUGGCUCGAUGCGUUGCGGUUUCUAAUCUGCACCCGACGAAAAACUACUUGCGCGAGACUACAUGUUUUAACAGUAAAAGAGGAAAAUCGCUCAGGGUCGGCUGCAACGGAAAGUCUGUGGUCACUGGUCAGAAUGUGGCGCAACUUUAAAAUAAAGACCGAAUUCGAAACAAACGUUUUGAAGUCAAAUUGCGCCGAUAUUUGGUGUGGAAUGGCUCAAUGUGUUGCGGUCGCGGAGCGUUUCUUUCUAAUCAGCACCCGACGGAAAUCGACUUUCGCGUUGGGGCAUCUCUUAGCAGCGAAAGAGGAAAGUCACUCAGGGUCGGGCGCAGCUUUAAGCUAGGGGCCAUCAUUGAAACUUUUUCAAAUCAGCACCCGACGGAAAACUACUUGCGCGCGAUGGCAUCUUUUAGCAUAUAAGGAUCGGCUGCAGCUCAAAGUUCAGGUCCAAACUUGAAAAAAUCUUGUUUUUGAGUCAAAACGCUCCAAUUUUUUAGCCUUUUCAAGUGUCCAUUUCAAGUGACUAAGAAAUUAGUCGAAAAAUUCAGAUAAGCAGUACGAUCGUGGCGAUUCGACACCGCGGUUGGCACUGGAAUAUUGUUGCCCUGCUUAUUCUGUUCAACGUUUCCUGGUACGAAAUUCUAAUCUCGAGAGUUAUCACGGCAACUUAUCAGUUCUCAUGGCAAGGCUGGUUCCUCAAUUCUUAGCAUUUCAAGAAUUCUCAAGCUCGUGGUCGCAUUUGGAAUGGAUAUUUAUGAACGUAGAAUAAGAAAAUGUCUUCCAAAAAAUCAAAAAAAAAAUCCAGAAACUUCAGAACAACCAUCAAAUCUACCGGAAGUCUUCGAAACCUACAUAAUAUCGGACGACGAAACGAGCAAUUAUUGGCCUCUGGCUUUUGCCGGGUAUUUGAGACUACGUUACAUGUUACUGAUGUGUUGGAUGUUGCCCUGUUUGGCCGUGGAGCGCACUUGCGCCACGAUAUUCAUCAAGUUGGUUUUCUCUCAUGUUUCUAUGUUUAAAAAUUCUUGCUGAAUAUGUUAAAAACUUUUUUUUGAAUCGGAAAAAUUCAAGUCCUGACAAGGAAGGUAUUUUGUUUUAAAAAUUUCCUGGAAAAUCGAAAAAAUCAUUAUACAAUUUCCUGGCCGUUUCAACUAUAAAAAAUAGAACUUUUCUUUUUUCAUAAAUGAAAAAUCAUGCGUCAAAAAAAAGUUGGAAGCAAAAUCUAAAGAAAGAUCAAAUGCGCUGAAAUAUUGAAAAAAAAAAUCAGCAAAAUUUCUGAAUUUUCAUCUCUUCCAGGGACUACGAACAACGGGAAAGACACUACAUAUCCUUCUUCACAUUUUUAAUUUGUGAAAUCGCCGCGACCAUCUGCGCUCUACUGAUGUCCUUCAUGAUUUUGAACGUCAAUACCUUAUCCAGUGCAGCAUUUUGCGGCAAUUUUUUCGUCUUUGUGGUGGGUUAUAACAUUCAGAAUUGUUGUCAAACUAUCAGGGAAAAAGGGAAUUUUUGUUGUUGUUGUUGUUGAAAUAUAUUUCUAUAAGUUAUCAGUAUCUUUGGUCUUUAUCGUCCUAAAAAUUUCUAGAAAAAAAAAGAAAAACUAUAGCCUUGUACUUUUCAGCUUUAUUUGUGAAGAACUUUUGUGACGAGUUCGUUAUUUUUUUUCUUGAGUUGGUUCAUUUUCUGAUAAAUUCGCUUGUUCACCAGGUUUCGUAAAUUAGGAAGGACCUUGAAAAAGCUAAAGUGUUGGCAAAAUCUUGUUCUUUCUAUUUGGAAGUCUUCUGAAGCAGGAAAAAAAUGUUUGAAAAACCUUAUCUUAUUAAAAAAACUUUUUUUGGAAUAUUGUCGAAAAAAAUGACUAUUUAGGGUCAUAAUCAUAAAUUUGGUUCAUUUGACCUAACUUUCAAAAAUAACUUUGGGGGUUGAGUCAAACUUUAGAAAUGACUCUUUGGGGGGGGUCCAAUUUUAAAAAAAUGAUUGUGGGGGGUCCAACUUUAAAAAAAUUACGGUGGGGGGUCAAUUCAAACUUUAGAAAUGACUCUUUGGGGGGUCCAAUUUUAAAAAAAUGAUUGUGGGGGGGUCCAACUUUAAAAAAAUUACGGUGUGGGGGGGGUCAAUUCAAACUUUAGAAAUGACUCUUUGGGGGGUGAGUCUAACUUUGAAAAAUAACUGUGCGGGGGAAAUAAAAAAAGACCAAAAUCGAAGUUUUAGUCAAUUUUUGCAAGUACUUUUCACUCAUCAUUUUAUUUUUUUUAUAAGUUUUUUUAUCUAUAUGCCUCGUCAGAAACGUCCCCAAUUCGAAAUCCAAGUUAAAAAAUCUACAGUCCUUGAUAAUUUCGUGUAUUUGUUACAGUUCAAACAAAUUUUUCAGACAUUCCUGUACCUGAACAGUCGAAAUCAAUCGCUGUUGAAGCAGGUGAGUUGCAGUCGGAUCGAUUCUAAAAACUAUACAUUAUCGCUGAAAUUUCAAGUCGAUGAAAACGUCAGGAUUUUGAAGGUUGGUGGGGAGUUUUGUACUGUAGAAAGGCGGGAAAAUUGACGACACUUUGAAAGAUGAACGCUCUGGAAGGUAUUCAGAAAUUCUAAUAGGCUUUUGAGGUGGGAAAUCGAGAAAAAAUAAUUCAAAAUUGAAGAAAAAAGGGCAAUAAAAAAUUCAAAUAAGCAAAAAAUCAAAAAAAUUGAAAAGGGGCGAAAAAACGAGAAAUUGUGCGCUCCAUGGAGAAUCGAUGCUCUUGAUUGAACUUGGGACAUCUAACCGGAAUUUUUUUCCAACUUUAUGUCUCAAAAACGAUUCUCAAGUCCUUCUCAAAGAAUUCAUAUAACAUUCCAAACUUAUUGAGGUUAAAAUCGGAAAAAAAAAAGUUCUAAAUUCGCCAAAAAACGUAAAAUUGUGCGCUCUAUGGCAUAUAUUCAAAUUGGCGAAAAAUGAAAAAAAAUUUAAAAGUGCCGAAAAAACGAGAAAUUGUGCGCUCCAUGGAGAAUCAAUGCUCUUGAUUGAAUUUGGGACAUCUAACCGGAAUUUUUCUCUAAAUUCAUGUCUCGAAAAAUUCUCGAGCCCUUCUCAAAGUUUUACUUAUUGACUUUUCAUCAUCUUCAUCAAUAUAUAAAUUUUUUGAGGGUAAGAAAAAUCAAAAAAUCAAAAAACUGCUUUUUCUGGACUUUUUUUGAUGAUAUUAUUUUUCUGACGACUUUUUGAAAUUUCACGUCUAAAAAUCAUCGCUAGAACCUUUUAAAAGCCUGGAAUUCCUCUUAAAAGAUCAAAUUUUUUUCACAUUUUAGAAAAAAAUUUGAUUUUAGUUCUCUUUAUCAUUGAUUUUUUUGUAGUUCUAGAGGGUUUUUUUGACCCGGUUUUCUUCGACUUUUUUUAAAUAUAUCUAUUUUCAGGCCCUUCGGCUGGUCGUGACUUUCGGGUCAUCUUUUGUGUUUUUCAUCGCCUUUUCGUUCGUUUUAAUCGAACUUAAUCUCGUUUCGAAAAAAACUGCGUCCGCUUUGCAUUUGUUAGUGGAUCUCUUGAUUCAUAUGUAGGUUUCUUUUUUUAUUGUUUGAUUUUUCAUUUUAUUAGUUUUCGAAACUUUUCUUUUAAGAUCAAGAGCUGAGAAUUCAGCCCAAAGCUGAGAAAAAUGAUCUCAAAAAAACAGGGAGAAAUGAAAAACGAAAAAGAACUCAACAAACAGGAAAAAAAUUGAAAAAAAUGUGCAGUUUUUUUCACCUUUUUUUCUCGUGCUGCGAUAGAAUAAAUUCGGAACACUUUUUCAGAAAAAUUUGAAUCCUUUUUUUAUAUUAUUUUGUAGUUUUUGACAAGAAAUCCUAAUAUUAAAACUGCGAGAGAAAAACGGAAUAUUAAAGGAAAAAAAUCUAUUUUGUUAUUUCAAAGCCUUCUGAAACGGGAAAGAAGUUCAAAAAAAUCUUGUAUUAUCGAAAUUAAAAAAAUCUUUUUUUCACAAGUGUUCUGUGACCGUUUUUUUCUAGAUUCAAUAAUCAUUUUUUUGGGUUCUUUUUUUCUUUUUUUCAAGAAUAGGAAGACAAAGAAGCCUUGAAAGACGUAAAGUAACUCCGAAAACGGCUUUUCGCGUCGAGACCCGUUUCUAUGCUCCUUUAAACAACUUUAGCAAGAAUUUACGAGUAGACUCUUUUUUUCGUGAGAAUCUUUUGGUAUUCCAACAGAAACAGAAACAGUACUGAAAAAUCGUGUUUCUCAAUAAAAAAAUAGUUUUGAAACAGUGAAAUAUGUUUAAAUUUUAUUUUUGAGCUUUUUUUUAAAAUAUUUUUUCAAAAAACCUUCUGAGCUUCAAAACUCAAAAAAUUGCUAAAAACCCAAUUUUUUUCCAGAUCCCCAACUUUCGUUGUCCCAAUCAGUAUCUGCGAAACGCCAGUCUGGCGCAAGAUCUACGCCCAAGCGAUGCCGAGCUUUAUUCGACGAUUUCUGUGCCGAAAUCGCUCCUGGAGUACUGUAACCGUACCGAAACUCACUACCGACCAGCAAACUAA